ACCACCCCGCCACCGACUGGAGCAGAAACAAGGGGAGCUCUCACUCUCGUCUCUGCGGAUGAGCUAUGUUUUGACGGCCGGGACGCGUUAAGGGCUCGAUCCAAUGAGCCUCGGCGCCGGCGAUCCCUUCGUUUCUCCCCAGUCGUCGUGGAGCCGCGGUCCGCCUCGCGAGCGCCGGUGAAGGAAUGUGAAAAGUCCACUUGGCGCGCGUUCCUCUGCGUUGUGCGCGGCGCUCUCCUGCUUUCUGCGCGGCUAGGGAGCGGAGGAGGAGGAGGGACGGCUUUCCCCGACUCGAUCCUUUGCCUAUGGACGACGGCGGUCCUCUAUCUCCAAAGGCAAAUGCUUUCAGUAUUGCCUCUCUGAUUUCAGCUGCAGAGCGAGCAGGAAGCGCAGCGUUCGAGAAACAGAGCGCCGGCCUGGACAAGCCAGACCUGCACCGCCACAGUUCCUUUAAAAUGCACUACAGCACUGUCACCCGGGAAAUGGAAGCCAUAUCCAGUCCGUGGCUGACGCAGCUGUCCCAUUUUUGCGAUGUUGCAGCCUUCACGACGAGCAGCCUGAGCAGCCUCAACACGCCGGGGGGCUACCACCUCUCCCCGUCCCCCGGGGACCCCUACAGCCAGCAUGAGUCCCACUUCGAGCCCUGCCCGGCCGCGCAGCACGGCUACAGCUACCCGGGCUCUAACCCGAGCCAGGCCCCGCCGAGCGACAACGGGACCCCCAACUGCUCGUCGUCGUCCUCCAACUCGACACCCAACGGCAAAAGUAUAGUGAAGAAGAACCCCAAAGUGGCCAACAUUAACGUGCAGCUGGAGAUGAAAGCUUUAUGGGACGAGUUUAAUCAGCUGGGCACGGAGAUGAUCGUUACCAAGGCUGGCAGGAGAAUGUUUCCAACUUUCCAAGUGAAAAUAUUUGGGAUGGAUCCCAUGGCGGACUACAUGCUCCUGAUGGACUUCCUGCCUGUGGAUGACAAACGUUACAGGUAUGCUUUCCACAGCUCGUCCUGGCUGGUGGCGGGGAAGGCGGACCCGGCCACGCCGGGCAGGGUCCACUACCACCCGGACUCUCCGGCCAAAGGCGCCCAGUGGAUGAAGCAGAUCGUUUCUUUUGAUAAACUCAAACUCACCAACAACCUGCUGGAUGACAACGGACAUAUCAUCCUGAACUCCAUGCACCGCUACCAGCCCCGGUUCCACGUGGUCUACGUGGAUCCCCGCAAGGACAGCGAGAAAUACGCAGAAGAGAAUUACAAGACGUUUGUGUUCGAGGAGACCCGCUUCACGGCGGUCACGGCGUACCAGAACCACCGGAUCACGCAGCUGAAGAUCGCCAGCAACCCCUUCGCAAAAGGCUUCAGGGACUGCGACCCCGAGGACUGGCCCAGGAAUCACAGGCCAGGCUCCCUGCCAAUAAUGAGUGCCUUCGCCAGAACAAGAAACCCAAUGUCAUCUCCCUCCCAGCAGAACGGCUCAGAGAAAGACGACAGCCGGCGGGAGUAUGAGCGAGACCCAACCGGCACACCCAUUCACGCCGACCCAGCUCACCAGCUGAUGUCCCGCGUUCUCAGCCCCGCCCUCCCCGUGCCAGGGGGCCUUCACGCCGUCCCGCUCACCAGCGGCCGACCCAGCCCUCCCCACGACCUCCGGCCGGACCCCCACUGCCUAGCCCCGGACACCCUGCACCACCACCCUUAUAAAUAUCCCACCACCUACGAACACUACCUGGGGGCCAAGACCCGGCCUUCGCCCUACCCUUUACCCAGCAUUAGGGGACACACGUACCACCACCACAUGAACCCAGCCACAGCCAACAUGUACUCGGCCACCAGCGGACCCUCUAACUAUGACUACGGGCCCCGGUAAUGACUGAAGCCCGCCAGGGCUGAUGGCAGCACUGUGGGAAUGGAAACGGGCGGGAAGGGCCUUCGCAGACCUGCGCUGUGUUCAGGAGCCGAAACUCUGUUGGAUAAAUCCUGCCGUAUUUAUUUCAAGGAAAUGCAUCUUAAUAGCAAGCGUAUCGAGCCUUUGAAGGGGUUCUGACUUGAACUUUGGCAAAAGCUCUACACCGAGGUGUAGACAACGAGCCAGCAAAAACAAGAGACAGGAGGGACCUCUCCUUAACACGGACAUCACCUUCGACCACAGACUGGAAUUGAAUUCUUUCUUUUUUGUGUUGGAUGCACUUUUUGAUUUGCCUUGUUUUUAUUGCUUUCAAAAAAGCCAUACGUUAUAUAGUCCAUCAACCUUCUAGGUAGACAAGACGUUUGCAUGCUGAGCUCAUCGGAGUGGGUGUUGAAACACAUCGAAAUGUUUUUGUUUGAGGAAAAAAGGAAAAAAAAAAGGACAGGAUUUGACUUUGAAACAUUCUCAACAUUUUGAGCCGCUCUGAGAAGCUUGUACCAUGGCACUGACUUGCAGCAAUUCAAAGUAAAUAAAUGAAGCAGAAUGGCUGUUCUGUAUCUGUAAAAUAAACAUUAAAUUCUUGUAAUGUAAGAAAA